AUGAAAACAGGAGACAAGUUCGAGAGAUUUUCAAGUUGUAGAGGUGUAGCUUUCGAAAUAAAGCCUCGUAACGAUCCAUUUUCCGUCCCUAAACCACAAAAUAUUGAAGCUAAUUCCCAUAGUAGCAAAAGAACUUGGCUUCCAUGGGAAACUUUUAGCACAAAAAUUGUUCCAUCUUCAUCAUUCAUGCAAAGAUCAAUGAGUCGCACUAGUAGCCACUUUUGCGAUUUAGACAUAGAUGAAGAUGAAGAUGAUGUUACUUUGGCUGACAUUGAAAAAGGCUAUUAUGAAAAAGAGGGGUCACCUUUGCAAAUUCCUCAAGUGGGGUCAUCACCAUUGCCAUUUCUUCCUCCGAAAUCAUUGAGUAAACGCGAAAAUCAAAAGUCUUCUAAGUCAAGAUUAUCGAUCAUCCUUCUUGAUCAAGGCUUGUUUACGGUAUACAAGCGAUUAUUUGUGCUAUCUUUAAUUCUAAAUAUCACUUUCUUAAUUCUUGCUAGUACGGGAAAUUUUCCGUAUGCAAGAAAAAAAGCUAUUUUGUUUUCAAUUGGCAACAUUUUCGCUUUGACACUCUGUCGAAGCGAAGCAUUUUUGAGAGUGUUAUUUUGGCUUGCGGUAAAUUGCUUAGGAUGGUCUUGGAUACCUAUACGAAUCAAAACAAUUGUUACGUCUUUACUUCAAUCACUCGGUGGGAUCCACAGCGGCUGUGCAAUUUCUUCAAUUGCAUGGCUCGUUUACGCCUUAAUCCUGACACUGAAAGAUAGAGAAAACACUUCCCCUGAAAUCAUUUGUGUUGCUUUCGCAAUUCUUUCACUUCUCUCCUUGUCAGCACUUCUUUGGAUUUUCAUAACCUUAACGAUUUCUUAUGAUCACGAAACCAAAUCUUACAAUACUAAAAUUGGUCCCAAAUUGAUAAAACAACAAGAAUUUUGGUUCACAUUGGCCAUUACCGUGCUAAUAAUUAUUCCAUGGAUAACUGUGAGACGUGUUCCGGUUGAAAUAACAUCUCCUUCUGGACAUGCUUCGAUUAUAAAGUUCGAGGGAGGAAUAAAAGCGGGAAUUUUAGGACGGAUUAGCCCAUCGCCCUUCUCUGAAUGGCACGCGUUUGGUAUCAUUUCGGAUGGGAAGAAAGAGCACAUGAUGUUGGCAGGCGCGGUUGGUGAUUUCACGAAAUCUUUACUGGUGAAUCCUCCUAGCCAUUUAUGGGUUCGACAAGUUCAUUUCGCGGGCUUGCCUUAUUUAGUAAACAUGUACAAUAGGGUCUUGGUGGUGGCAACAGGGUCCGGAAUUUGUGUUUUUUUAUCGUUUCUUUUACAACCUUGCUCAGAGAUAAAAGAGAUGAUAAGCGGGCAUCCGAAGGAGAAAGUUAUUAUACACGAUACAGCUUUGCUUGGUCGUCCAAACGUAGCCGAAAUGAGCGUUGAGGCAGCGCGAAAAUGGGGAGCUGAAGUUGUUAUUGUUACUAGCAAUCCAGAAGGGAGUAGAGAUGUGGUUAAUGCAUGCAAGAAAUCUGGAAUUCCUGCCUUUGGUCCUAUUUGGGAUUCUUGA